AUGGCGACAAGCCUCCGCGGCGCCAUGAGAGCUUGUGUGGGCUCAAGCAUCCAGAGUCUCUUUUCUUUGCCGUGGUCGGGCCUGGUGUUGUUGCGCCGCUCUGGCUCCAGUAUGGUUGUGCUUGCAGCUGUCCCGCAAAGUUACCGCCGUGCGGGAGACGCGAAGGAAAAAGUCCCCCGUGGGGAAAAAAACACAACGGCUUGCUUAGCGCGAUAUGGCGUCCUUGGCUGCCCCGACGCGGUUACAUCCACUGUCCACCCCCCAACAACCACUGCACACGCGCUCUUGGCUCCUCUUGGCCCGUAUCAAGGUCCAGUGGCUGACUGA